GUGAACGAAACCUUGGAUAAUUCAACACCAAAAACCUGACUUCAUCAGAAUUACGGACGAUAGGCGCCAUCAAAUCAUCCCAAGGAAAACAGCAUUCAAGGAACCACUGCAAAGCAACACCACUGAAAACCACCAACAUGGCCUCAACCAACACCGAAGUCGAAGGCAUAAAUUACUACACCAUCUACGAAACCCCACACAACGGCAACCCUACCGCCCCCUGCAUCCUCCUCGUCCACGCCCUAAUGUCCAACCUAAACAUGUACGACGCAACCGUAUCCGCCCUGCACGCAGCAGGCUACGCAACGCUGCGCUUCGACCACGUAGGCCACCACAACACCCCGCCCCCCGCAGCACGCACAACGUCUCAACGCCGCAUGUCCGUCGGGGAGGGCUCGCUAGUGUACCACAUGGACGACAUUACGCGGCACAUGCACCAGCUCGUGAAGGAACGGACCGGCGGGGCGCGGUUGAAGGGGGUGGUGGGGUGUAGCAUUGGCGGGGUGUUGGCUUUGCGGUAUGCGAUGAUGUUUCCCGAGGAAGUGGAGUGUGUGGUUUCCAUUGCUGCGCCUGGGAUUGCGGCGCCGGAGGAUAAGAAGGUGUUGUGGAGUGAGCGGAUUAAAGUGUUUGAGGAGGAUGCACGGAGCGGUGGGGAUCGGCUUUGUCGUGAGACGGUUGCGAGGUGGUUUCCCGGCGAGGAUCGGGAGACGGAAGCUGUGCGUGCUGAAGCGCUGACGCAUGUGCGCACUUGUUCGUUGGAGGGAUAUAAGUUGCUUGCUGACACGAUUCGCAAUUACGAUUACCGGGCAGAGGUGGGCGGGAUUCGGAACCGGUGUUUGAUCGCUGGAGGCACGGAGGAUGGUGCGAUUUCGUUGCCGGCGUUGAAAGAGCUUGCCAGCCAAAUUCAGGGAGCGAAGUACGUGGAGCUCGAGAAAGCGGGCCAUCUGCCGCCGAUGCAGCAGCCGGAGAAGUUCAACAAGCUCCUGCUCGACAUGCUAGGCAGUGCGUAGCACUCGCCCAACGAUCAACAAAACGCAUCUACCUCCCCGCCCAGAACUCAUCUAAAUGCUCCUGCCUUACUUCAAAAGCCCAAUGAUGACAAGUCUGAUGCACAACCGGACUCACCUCCGCCGCCCCCUCCUCCCCCU